AAACGUGUAUGGACAUUAAACAGUUGCGUCUAACAUGUGCUGUAUCUGAGCAAAGGCUUGCCUUGGCAACAGGGACAAAUAAUGUGCCUACAUUUUUGCCUGAAUCUUGAAAGAUUCCGUCUGUGUGUGCUGGUCAGAUAGCCUUUGUAGAUGUAGAAUUGCGUUUUAACGGGUCAUAGAGUGGUUAUUAGAAGUAAAGGGAAAUGAGGCCUCAUAGCAUGAGAGGGAAAGACCAUGUGCCAAUGCCUGUUCUGCAUCUUUUAAAGUUAAGCACGAAUCAAAGAAGGACAGCACCUCAAACACAGACUGAUAUCUGCAAUGCUAUAUAGCUGCAGCUCAGGGUGUCACUGCUAAUCGCCCUGCUCGGCGCUGUCCACUGCAUGUGGUGCUGAAAAGGCAAAGGGACAAAAAAAACGGUGCUGUUUACUGUCGCUGCAGGCACUAUAUUCUAAUUAUAAAGUUAAAUGGGGCUAUUAAAUCCACCUAAUACACAUGACCCACACUUGUGACAAAUCAAACAGGUGACACAGACCAGAUUGGAAAAUCAAUUUGAACAAGUCUAUCGCCAGGAAGAUUUUGCCGUAAACUGGGUUAAGUUCUGGUAAUGUGAUCGUGAUGAAGCCCACAGUCUGUCCCUGUCCACGGGUUGCGCCCCGGGCCGGUUACGCAGCAAGUCUGUGUUUGCAUAACAACCGGAUGAAUCCACGACAGCUGACGAGACUGACUCAGACCGGGAACUAAGAGAGAUAAUGAUCUCACUUGACAAUGUUUUAUUGCCAUCCGGGCAUUUUCUCAUCAGGAAAUAUUCCACAGUAUGGUCUUGAUCAAUUAUGUAACUUUAUUGUAGUGAAUUAGAGCCGUGUCUGUAACCCAGUUAUACGGAACAUGGCGGAGGCGGUCAUUGCAUGAGGCGAGUGUGGCUCAGCUCUGCCUGACAUGACCGACUCGUUCCCCAGCGAGGAAUACGACCUGGACCGCCACACACCCAAACUGCUGGGCUGUUCCCACACCUUCUGCCACGAGUACCUAGACGCUCUGCACUCCCGGGAGAGUCGAGGAUGGAGAAUCAGCUGCCCCGUGUGUCGCCACCGAACUCCGGUGCCGGAAUACUGGGCUCGCAACCUCCCCGACAACACCGCGUUGACUUAAUCGCUGCCGCUAAAAAAGCACGAGACCGUGGACUCAUCAAACAUAGACGUCCAGACAUGUUCAGUCGUCUAUUCAGCCUCCUCCCAAGAGAGCAACGCCAGCUGUCAGACUUCCAAACAAGUUGCGUUCAUGACCGGCUGCAUGUGCACCAUCUUCUCUUUCUUGUCCAUGGUGGUGCUCUUAUUUCUGGGCCUCAUCUUUGUGCAUAACUUCAACCACAGUUCGUGGCCCCUCAGCCCUAUCUGUUUGUUUGUUGCCAGUGUCCUCGCCCCGUUCUCGCUCAUCCUCACUUGGUUAAUGUGUAUGUUGAAGUACCGACCCGAAACUGAAGCAAGCCAGUUCAGUUCACUCACUUCUAAUACAAUGUGA